CCUCGUGAAUCCGUAAAUAAUUGACUUAAUAGAUUGGCCAAUUGGCCCCGGGUCGAGACGUGUCUGCUGGGUUUAUAAAUGCGCUCCAGUGGGAUGGCAUCGCCAAGUUUGGCAUUUACCGGUUUACUGGGGAAUCGCGCCGUGCCGUCGGUACGAUUCUUCUCCGGCACUCCAAUUAUUUCCCCGCAGUCCUUCUCCGCUCCUAAUCAUUCAUUUUACAUGAGCAUAGGUUUGAACGAUAAUGCUAUAGCGCUGUCAUCGACUUGGGUGAAAAGGUACGAUCGAGAUCUUGACCCCAGCUCACGUCGGUGGGAAUUGCUAUUUCCCCGCCUCAUCAUGGUUAGGAAGAAUCAAGGCCGCUCUGAAUGGGUCUUGGGGAGGAAAUUACGCGAAGUAUAACUGGGCUAUUUAUUGCAGGUCAUAGGGAUAUGUAGAACACUGCUCUCCCCGUUUUCUUUCGUCCCUGCUCUUCUAUGAGAAUGUGAGCCGAGAAAAGUUGACAGAUAAUGAUAUAAUUGCUAUUGAGCAGCUCAGCUAGUAGAAAUUCCUGCUUCACAAGAUCAGUAGGCACGAGCUUUGCUUACUAUGGCGAUCUCAAGAAGCUUCCUCGUUACGGCAGUGGCGGGAAUGGUCGCCGCUCAGAACAAGACCACAGUCUCAAUAUCUGUGCCCUUGAACCUGAGCACGCGGGCCUUGGUACCAGAUGUGUAUGGAUAUUCGAUCGAGCCAGUGUGGCUAGAUUCCUAUAUCAACACCUCGCUAGCAAGCACACUACUAGGCCACAUCGUAAACGUCGCUGGCAAGGCGCCGCCGAUCCGCAUCGGCGGCAAUACAGCAGAUCAGACUUACCUAUACCCAUCCUCGCCACUACCGCUAACAAGAAACGACUCGGCAGCGAUUCCAGACGCGGCGACCGCCACGCGAUUCAAUAUCACGCCUCGCUGGUUCGACACCUGGGCAACAUACUUCCCGCCGGGCACGGAACUCAUCUACACGCUGAACCUCAGGGACAACUCCUCAAACUGGGCCAAUGCUGUAGCACAAGCCGCAGCCGCACGCGCGGCGCUCGGAGAUUCCCUCGUAGCCUUCGAGCUCGGCAACGAGAUCGACCACUUCAUCAACAAGGGAUGGCGAGAUGCCUCAUGGGGUGUCAAGGAAUACAUAGAGCAAUUCCGGAACCUGACGGGCCAGAUCACGGGGAGCGAAUGGUAUCAAUCUCUCGGCAACAACAACGUUCCAAGUUUCCAAGCCGCCGUGUUCGCCGACCCGCCCUUGGUCCCGGACCAGCACGACGAGAUCGACGACUUCAGCAUCGCGAACCUGACCGCGGCGGGCAUUGCCUCGCGACCACAGGAGAAGAAAAUCAUAUCGAGCUACGCGACUCACUUGUACCCGCAGUCGACCUGCGACACCGCGCGCUGGUAUCGCAUGCGUCUCGACCUACUCUCGGACCACGCCGUGCUAUGGAAGAACGUCAGUCAGUACAUUCCGCAGGUACAUGCUGCGGACGAAGCGGGCGCACCACUAGUUAUGGGCGAGACCAAUUCGGCGUCUUGCUCCGGGAAAUCGGGGAUCAGCGAUACAUUUGGGGCCGCGCUUUGGGGGGUUGAUUAUGUGCUCACGGCCGCAAGUAUCGGGUUCCGCAAGGUGUACUUCCACCUCGGCGCGCGGUCCGAGUACUCCUCCUUCACGCCGCUGCUGUACGAGCUGAAGAACGAGACGCUGGCGCCCGGCAUUAGAGCCGGCUGGUACGCACAUUACUUCCUCGCGAGAGUCGUUAGCCAUAACUGCGAGAGGCGGGCGGAGUUCCGCAUCGCGGCACUGCCGAGCGCGAACUCGAGUGAGUUGAGCGGAUUCGCGGUCUAUGACGGUGGUGUGCAACUCCGCAAACUCGUGCUGCUUGAUAUGGGUGUGUGGAACGGCACCGAGGGCCUCGCGAACCCGUCGACGCUGACUGCGACUGAUGGGACCAUGUUCAGCGAGGGCACACGGCCUGUUUCCUCAUUCGAGGUUGCCACACCUUGGACUGAAGGCGACGAGGUCAAAGUGGUCAGGCUCACGGGGCCGGGGACGAAUGCUAAGAGCAAUGUUACUGUUGCCGGCACCGUAUUCGAUGAUAGCACUGGAGAUCCCGUUGUAGGUGGCGAUGGCUCCGUACAGCUGGGUGAUGAAUACAGUGAGAUCGCUCAGGUCGGGGCUAAUGGGGUCCUGAGGCUUGAUGUGCAGAGAGCUGAGGGUGUGUUAUUGGAGAAGACUGUAGUUUGUGCUGAUGAGGGCGACGAUGACCGGAACAGCCCAACCCCAGGAACUUCUAAGACAUCCCGGGCGGAGAUGAAUUGGUUCAAUAUCCUUGCGGCCCUUAUCUGCAUAGUUGAAAUUCUAGCAUGAUAAUUCACAUAUCUCGACAUAUCUUUAUGUAUUCGAGGUUAAGUUUGAUUUGCAGUCAUUUCCAGGCGCAUCUCUUAGAUCCUCUAAUUACUUGGCCUAGACCCAGUGAGUAUAACUACCAGGCACACAUAAUUCAAGUAUAAAGAUUGUAACGGGCCUUCACACCUAAUUUGAUUUAUUAGCAUGUAUACGUUGUUAUGUCUGCCUAAUUCCAGAAAUCGGUGGGUUG